GCGCCUGCUUACCAGCUCUCCACUUCUAAGUCCAUGAGUUGUUUUGAGUCCAUAUAGAAGACAUCAAUAUUGCCUCUGAAGCCGCAACAGACCAGAAGUGAGCACCCGGAGCGUGUUUCCCACCAGUGCUUUCGCCAUGGGGGCGCAAGGACGGAGUUCAGCGCGUCUGAUUGUUUUUGGAUACCUUGCGGUCUUCUUUGGGGCCAUCGUUCCACAAGUUGAGGCCGGUUGCCGGGAAAGAACGAACCCAAACUGCUGCACUGGUCGAAAUAACGAGUGUUUUGAAUACACCAAGAGGAAAACGGUGUGCUACUGUGACACCUACUGUCAGAAAACACGGGACUGCUGUGAGGACUACCAGCAAGUGUGCCAAAUAUCCGCAGCCAUCGACUGUGUGGUGGGCUCAUGGGGUGCCUGGUCAUCCUGCACGUCCCCCUGUGGAGUCGGCAGCACAGAAAGAAGUCGCCAAGUCUCCGUUCCUCCAAGAAAUGGCGGCACUCCUUGUCCAGACCUCAAACAACGCAGAGGAUGUUUCGGAAACAACGCGAUAUGCAGCAGCACCAAAGAGGUGGCAAAGAUCCUGCCCGACUCCUUCAAGAGGAACUUCAAGGACCCCUGGCGGCGACCACACAUGUUGAUGAAGGAGGAGAAGGCCAGUUACUGCGUGUACCUGCGAGUCAAACAGGCCACCACCGCGUGUAAACUCAAGCUGUGGAGUGCACAGCUGGUAAGAGAGCGCCUGGUGUGCGCUGAGUGUCAGAGCGAUGCCAUGUCCAAGUCCGACCGCUGCGGAGGCGACGGGCUGGAGAGCGCCAGGACGUUCUGGGCAGCAGCUUCUGUCCCGGGGUGUCACGGCUCCUGGGUGCGGGAGUCGUCUUCCAAAGGCUGCCGGUGUCCUCCUUACUCAGUGCUCUUCGUUUGAGCGAACCAGUCAGACGUCCACUCUGGACCGGCCGAUCAAGCCCGCAUCCUCCAGACGACUGGUUGGGUUCCUCAAGGUGCUCAGCAGCAUCCUGCCACUUCUUCUUCUCACUCAUACCCGAUACUCGUCUACUAAGCACACAAAUCUUCUCACGCUCACGAUUUUUACUUUUUCUGCUCAGAAGCACAAACGCCUUUUACCUCUCAAUCCUUGCUAUCUACCUCCAUCGACUGCAUUGACCGUGCAUACUGUACAAAAUAUAGAAAUCUAUUUUGCUCUGUCCUUUUCUACCUGUGAUUGUGCAGCAAUGUCGGUAUUGACUGACACAUUGAUGCCCUGCAGUUUAUACUCAAAUGCAUUUGGCAACUUUGAAUACUGGAGAAGGAUUUUUAAAACUAAAAAGAACUUAAAAGUUUGAAAGAAAUGUGAUAAAAUGUAUUUCUUCUGUAUGUUUCCAUUUUAUUAACGUUUAUAGAUCUUAAGUAUUAUCGUUU